UGGCUUAGCAGUUCAUCCUCAGUUCGCGGCCGAUAGCUAAAAGCUAACCCAGAAGGGCUGGAGCACGCCUGGGAUUAAGAAACGAAAAACCAAACAAAACAAUAAAACAAGAAUAAUUCGGCCCUCGUUUGAGUACAUAGCGGAAACAUGGUGGCUGAGUGGCAACCUUCACAUGUGCUAGCGAAUUUUAGUGACGUGAACUAAUGUCGGAACGUGGUCGAAAUGCUGAUGUCAAGUGUUAGCUGAAGUGAAGAAGCUAGCGGCUCCUGGAGCUGGUCGUCCACCCGUCCCGCUGAAUCAGCGAGAGAUGAGAAACUGGCCUCCGACUCAGAAAAUCCGAUUCCCCUUUUUUCCGAAAACCCCAAAUAUGACUCUGCUCCAAGCACCUCGUCAAGUUAAACGUCGACCUAUCGGAACUGCUGUGCUCAGCGAGUGCCAACUUCCCACUGAGGAGCAGAGCGGAUCCUCACCACAGGCGAGCUACCUGCCGAGUCCAGCUGUUUUUGUUUUGUUUGUUUACAUCCUCCCAAUGGGGCACUUGCUAUAACGGCGAAGACAUCUGGAUAUUAAAAACCAGCUAACGAGACAGAUGGAGGGUCUAGGGGCAACAUUGAGAUGAUCCCCGAUUCUCUGUGCACUGAGAAGGCGGUCCGUGCCAUAGUCGACUUCAUGAAGACCCGGUUUUGACAACAGAUAUCCGGGCCGGCUGGGGCCGAGACGCGGAGAUUGAGACUUCGCCCUCUCCCCGUCCCAACUUUGAGCAAUCGUGGAGCUCUCGGCACUCGGUUGUCUUCGACAUGGAGCUCUUCUUUAACCCCUUCGACAGCUUGGUCUGCAUCCUCCUGGGCAUCUCCUUCACCGUGUGGUUCACGCUAUUGCUCGUCUUCAUCAUUGUUCCCGCCAUCUUCGGGGUGUCCUUCGGCAUCCGGCGGCUCUAUAUGAAAUCCUUGUUGAAGAUAUUUGAGUGGGCCACACUGAGGAUGGAGAGAGGAGCCAAAGAAAAGAAUCAUCCCUUAUAUAAACCCUACUCCAACGCUAUCAUUGCAAAGCAUCCCACUUCUUUGGAAGAAGAGAUCAAGGAGCUCCGGCGCAGCGGCAGCAACAAAGACCUGAACUCGCCGCCGGAGUUCGACAUGUCGGACAUCUUCUAUUUUGCUCGAAGAGGAGUGGAGAGCAUCAUGGACGACGAGGUGACCAAGCGCUUCUCGGCGGAGGAGUUGGAGUCUUGGAAUCUGCUGACGCGCAGCAACUACAACUUCCACUACAUCAGCCUGAGGCUGACAGUGCUGUGGGGACUGGGCCUGCUGAUCCGCUACGGCAUCCUUUUGCCUCUCAGGGUAACUCUUGCCUUCACUGGUGUUGGCCUCCUGGUAUUUCUCACUUCUCUCAUAGGCCUGCUGCCCAAUGGAAGGAUGAAAAGCGUCCUAAGUGAGAAGGUCCACCUUAUGUGCAACAGAAUAUGUGUCAGGGCUCUGACUGCCAUCAUAACGUAUCACGACAGUGAGAACAAACCCAAAAACGGAGGAAUAUGCGUCGCCAACCACACGUCGCCCAUUGAUGUCAUAAUUCUGGCCAGUGAUGGCUGCUACGCAAUGGUGGGGCAAAUUCACGGGGGCUUGAUGGGAGUCAUCCAGAGAUCCAUGGUGAGGGCCUGCCCCCACAUUUGGUUUGAGCGCUCAGAGGUCAAAGAUAGACAUCUAGUGGCCAACAGGCUGAGCGAUCAUGCACAGGAUAAAUCCAAGCUUCCCAUUCUCAUAUUCCCAGAAGGUACAUGCAUCAACAACACAUCAGUUAUGAUGUUUAAAAAAGGCAGUUUUGAAAUUGGUGGCACAGUGUACCCUGUGGCUAUCAAGUACGAUCCCAGGUUCGGAGACGCCUUCUGGAAUAGCAGCAAGUUCGGAAUGGUCAACUAUUUGUUACGUAUGAUGAGCAGCUGGGCCAUUGUCUGCAGCGUGUGGUACCUUCCUCCCAUGUCCAGAGAGGAAGGGGAGGAUGCUGUACAGUUUGCCAAUCGGGUCAAAGCAGCCAUUGCCAGACAAGGAGGAUUAGUUGACCUUUUGUGGGACGGAGGGCUGAAGAGAGCAAAGGUAAAAGAUACUUUUAAAGAAGAACAGCAGAAGCUGUACAGCAAAAUGCUGGUGGGCACGCAAGAGGACCGCAGCCGCUCCUGAGAGAUCUGGGAGGAGGUGGGAUCGGCUACAAGCCCUCACAGGGAAGCCUCGACUGCAAAUGAAGUCAGUUGCGCACCCUCGAGAAGUUGACGGUCUUCGACUUUUCUCCGGCUCACGCGGUCGUCCGCCGUUCGCAGCUUUGUUAUCAGGUCCAUUUGGCGUUCCACGAAACGAGCAUUAAUUUAAGAAAGGAAAAGUAAUCAUGGAGCCAUGUCUUCCUAGUGGACAAGGAAGAGCUUGUAAUUUCUUUGUCAUUCAGUUUGUUUUGUAAUUUUAUUUCACUAUCUUUGUAUUUCACUUUUGUUUUGAGUGAACCCGAGAGCUACCUGGGUAUAUAACGGAGUUAUAGAUUUUAAAAAAACGUUUGCAUGACUGGCUCGUGUCUGACAUGAUGCCAGACUUUUGUUACAUUUACAACUAUUUUUGUGAGCUUUUUUUUUUUUUUUUUGUUCUAAGAAACGGAAUCUUGUAUUUUACACGAAGACUUGCAUCAACCUGCGAUUGCAUCAGCAGUGACUGUUGUUGCCGUUUUUUUUUUUUUUUUUUUUUUUUUUUUCUCCAUGGAAUGUGUCAAAGCUCACAUUGUGAAGUGGAAAUAUUGCACCCGUUGCAGCGAAAUGAUGGCGCGUCUCAAGUUACAGGACCGCUAAAUCGUUAGUGGCCAUGGUCAACAAGUAAUCGUGCAGCUUUAAAUAGUUACAAUGGGUCUUUGAAAUGGAAAGCAACUCGUCAACCACAACGCCUAACAGAGUUCACCAAUUUGUUUCAGCGACGACAAGUUUGUUGAAUUAUUUUGAAAUGAACUCCAAAGGCAAUUGUAGGGUUUUCCCCAUCUCUUGGUGGUCUUUGUCCUGCUUGGCAAACCUUUCAAGAAGAGCAAAGUGUAGCUGUAAGUUUGGCCUCCUUCAGGCCGGACGUCGUUUAGAUUACACCAAACUUGUUCGUUAAAAAUAAACUCUCAAGAAUGUCACUA